GAUGUCUUCUCACGCGAACCCACUUCACACGUAAACUGUAGCAGGAGUUCAGGAUCACAUUUGACUCUUUUUUCUGAGGUUAACACAAUCUACCUGAACCUCAAUGCUUCCAUUACAGACUGCCAUAAUGAAAAAUGAACAGUACCCUUCUGUACCAAGCAAAGAAAAGGAAGUGAACAUCAUCAAUAUCAAAGCCAUAGAAGAUAUUGGCUAUGACCUCCAAGAUGCGAUACUCCUGAACUCUCUCACUCCCGAGGAGAACACACAAUGUCGGCGAGGUCUGUACUUCCAGGAUGGCAAGCGACAUGUGGACUACAUCCUCACUUACCAGAUCAAAAAGAUCAGCAGCUCACGCUCACGCCGACACACGUCACACCUCACAGAAAACGCCUUCACUCGAACCCUGCGAAGGGGUCGAGUGCCGCCUCCACCCCCACCCAAAGAUGACCCUGAAGUGGGUUUGCCCGACCACAGCACGGACCACCACGAUGAUGACAAGUGUUUACGGCGUGAAGAGUUUGAAGGUAACCUGAUGGCGAUGGGUCUGGAACUGGAGCGAGACGAGGAGACCAAGACUCCUGGUGUUGGCUUUGUGAAGAUUCAUGCUCCAUGGAGCGUGCUCUGUCGCGAGGCAGAAUUUAUGAAACUGAAAAUGCCCACCAAAAAAGUGUAUGAAGUCAAGAAGAGCAGCGGUUUCAUGGAAAAGAUCAACACAUUCAUCAGCAAAGUGACUGAUCCUCUUCACCCUAAUGUCGAGGAGAACAGGAUACAGAACCUGAAGCACCUCUCAUAUCCAUUCUCCAGAGAAAAGCAGCAUUUAUUUGAUUUGUCUGACAGAGAUUCCUUUUUUGACAGCAAAACAAGAAGCUCAAUAGUAUGUGAAGUAUUGAAACGAACUAAGUGCACAAAAGCAAAUUUUAGCAUGGGAUUAACUAGUCUAAUUGGGAGUGGUGUGUAUACAGCUGCUUAUCCAUUACAUGAUGGAGAUGUUGAUGGGGAAAACGCUGAGCCAAAUGACAGGAAGCUGUUGUAUGAAGAAUGGGCCUGCUACAGCGUCUUUUAUAAGUACCAGCCUAUUGGUUUGAUCAGGAAGUACUUUGGAGAGAAGAUCGGUCUGUACUUCGCUUGGCUUGGUGUUUACACCCAGAUGCUGAUCCCUGCCUCCAUAGUAGGGGUCUUUGUGUUCCUUUAUGGAUGCGUUACUGUUGAUGAUGACAUUCCAAGUAUGGAGAUCUGUGACCCACGAAAGAACAUCACCAUGUGUCCACUCUGCGACCGCGUGUGCAGUUACUGGAAUCUGAGCAUGGCUUGUGGAACAGCUCGAGCUAGUCAUCUCUUUGAUAACCCUGCCACUGUCUUCUUCUCUAUCUUCAUGGCUCUUUGGGCGGCAUUCUUCAUGGAGCAUUGGAAGCGUCGGCAGAUGCGUCUCAACUAUGAGUGGGAUCUCACAGGGUUCGAGGAUGAGGAGGAAGCACUGAAGGAUCACCCACGAGCUGAAUAUGAAUUCAGAGUCAUGCAGAAAUCCCUGAAGAAAGAGCACAAAUCAAAGAAGCCAGAGAAAGAAAAGCUGACAUGUAAAGACAGAUUUCCUGCCUACAUGACAAACCUCAUAAUGAUGCUCUUAAUGAUCGGUGUGACGUUUGCUAUAGUGUUUGGUGUGAUUUUAUACCGAAUAUCAACCAAAGCGGCGCUUGCUAUGAGCUCCAACCCUAUGACCCGCUCUAACGUCCGGCUGACCGUUAAAACCACUGCAGCCAUCAUUAAUCUGGUGGUCAUUCUUAUUCUGGAUGAAGUUUAUGGGGCUGUAGCGCGCUGGCUUACUGUUCUUGAGGUUCCUAAAACAGAUAAGAGCUUUGAAGAAAGGCUGAUCUUCAAAACCUUCAUCCUCAAGUUUGUGAAUGCGUUCACUCCGAUAAUAUACAUUGCAUUCUUCAGAGGCAGACUUGGUGGUUGUCCAGGCAGUUAUCUUUAUGUGUUUGAGUCCUAUCGUAUGGAGGAGUGCGCUCAUGGUGGCUGUCUGAUGGAGCUGUGCAUUCAACUCAGCAUCACUAUGCUAGGCAAACAACUUAUCCAGAACAACCUGUUUGAGAUUGGCACCCCUAAACUUAAAAAAUUGAUCAGGUUCAUCAAAUCCAAGCGAGGUUCUUUCCAGGAGGAGGAAUAUGAGAAGAAAUUACAAUGUUACGAGACAGAUCAUUUCCUAGAGCCAUUUGUUGGUCUGACACCAGAAUAUAUGGAGAUGAUAAUCCAGUUUGGGUUUGUGACUCUGUUUGUGGCAUCUUUUCCAUUGGCUCCUCUGUUUGCUCUUUUGAACAACAUAAUUGAAAUCCGUCUGGAUGCAAAGAAAUUUGUAGCAGAGCUCAGAAGACCAGAUGCAGCCAGAGCCAAAGACAUUGGAAUCUGGUAUAAUAUUCUCAGAGGAGUUGCAAAAGUGGCAGUUAUUGUCAAUGCAUUUGUGAUCUCCUUCACUUCAGACUUUAUUCCACGUCUGGUCUAUCAGUACAUGUACAGUCCAGAUGGGUCCAUGCAUGGCUUUGUCAACCACACGCUCUCAUACUUCAAUGUCAGCCACUUCCAGAACGGCACUGCCCCACUCGAGCCCUCCUACCUGGGCUUCCAUGUGGAGAUAUGUAGGUAUAAAGACUACAGAGAGCCUCCAUGGUCUUUAAUACCAUAUGAGAUCUCGAAAGAGUUCUGGGCUGUGCUAGCAGCCAGACUAGCGUUUGUAAUUGUGUUUCAGAAUGUGGUGAUGUUGAUGAGUGACAUAGUGGACUGGAUCAUUCCAGAUAUUCCUAAAGACAUCAGCUUACAGAUCCACAAAGAGAAGAUCCUGAUAAUGGAUUUGUUUAUGAAGGAGGAGCAAGGAAAGACGCAGACCCUGGACAGAGUGUUGUACAGCGGCUGUAAGGAGACGAGUCCUCUGACGCGCUCACGCUCUAUUUCACACACGCCCUGCAAGAACUACUAACAUUAGCACCCGUGUGGUUGCUUUCUAUCAUUACAUUCCACUGACAAAUCCCAAACAUGCUACCAGGUCAAAAAGAAACCCUGUCAUGACCUAAUGCAUAAUGAACAUUUCUCAUGUUUCUCAAGAGUGAUAUGUGUACUCUACAUUACUUUUGUCGUACUGAUUUUCUCUUUUCAAUAGACGUCUCACACCACAGUGAUCUUUAUAGAUGAGGAAAAAGCUCCAAAACAAACUUUAUGCAAGUAUGUCAAUUCAGAUGCUACACAAGCUGUAUUUUUGUAUUUUCUGUCAUUUCCAAGCACAGUUCAUAACAUGGAUAUGCUUUCAAAUGGGUGUUAUAGCAGGCAUUAGUGAAAACCAGGGCUCUUCAACUACUUUUUUGUAGGGGCCAGAUUAUCCAGAGAAAAACUUGAUGGGGGCCAAACAUUUUUUUCAUAUUUAUCUUAGCUGACAUUUUCAUUGUAACUAACAUGUUAACACAAAAAAAUAAAUGUAAUGCUGUGCACUUAUUUACAUUAAAAUAUUCAGGGGUAUUCAAUUAAUAUUUUUUUACGGUCUGAAAAUACAUUAUUUCUAAAGAUCUGGCUGAAGAACAAAUGUGACCUCACACCCUCAACUAACAACAAAUAUGUUUUGAUGAACUCUCAUUUACAAUGAAUUGAUCAUUGUAAAAAUGCAGGGCUAUUGUUUACAAAUUACAAAAACCUUGGUAGAACAUUUAGAUCUGAUAAAUUCUGUAUCUUUGUCACUAUUUUCUUAAAUGGGUUGAUAUUGUCAAUUAAAUAUAGAACUGUCUUUUUACAUAAAAUCAAUUGGAAAUCAGAAUUCAGUUGGAAGACCAGAAUGAACUUUUACUUAGUUAAACUGUAGACAUAUUUAUAGCUUGUAGUUCCUGAUUUACCCAGUUUAAUGGCACAUUUGAGUGUUAGUGUCUUUUUCCCCCUUGAGUACUAAGGUUUUUGUUUUGUUUUUCCACCACAGUACCACGCUUACAAUUUGCAUCUGCAUUUGCAUACUUGCGUCAAAUAUGCUUCUGUCCAAUGAGCUACUGUUUGUAGAAACAUGCAUUGUUCUUCAAAUCAAUUAUCUCAAAAAAUGACAUAUCAUUUUUUUUUAAAUAAAACAAACCAUUUUAAGAGACAAAACCCCAAACAGAUUGCACAGUUGUUCUAAUACACAGCAACGCUUAUAUGAAGCAAUAUUUAUCCUAAGAGGUCAUGGCAUAAAAACUACAUAAAACUUAUAAAUAAAGAAAUAAUUCAUCAGUAUGAUGUUAAAAAGGGCUACUUGAUUUGCUUUAAAUUUUACAUUUCAGUAUUUUGUAUAUUUCAAUACAAAAUUGAUUGAGCUCCUGAUGUUUUUUCCUGGGAUUUUCAAACCUAUACACAAAGCCUUAUCAUUUGAGUCUGUGGGAUUUCAUAGACAGGAUCUAUUUAUUAUACAAGACGAUUUAACAUAGAAAAAAAUAAACACAUCAGGUUUAAAUUUCUAAAUAAGUAAAUUCUAAUUCAUUUACUUAAAUGAUUCAAUUAUUGUAACAAAUUAAAUACAAAUCAAUGUAAUCAGAAAACAACAGUCAAUGAUUAAAGCAUGAAGUCCCAUUUAGCAUUACAAAUGAGUAAGCUGAUACAUUUUAAUAAAACAAUAUCUGUCAUUUCAAAACAUCCUAACUUACAUAAAUGUGGAAACAACAACAAGCUAAUUUUUAUUAGGUGGCUUUAAGAUGUUUAGUAAGUGAUAAAACUGUCGGAAUAAAGUAAACAAUGUGUUGAACUCUGAUCUCCUCCAUUUUAUUAGAUGAUAGAUGUCUCAAACAUUUGAUGAAUAUUUCAUGUUUUCACAUAUUUUAUUGCCUUGGUGUUUUUCUAAAAUGGUGUUUUUAUAUUGGCUUUCAUUGUUUUCUACAUCUGAUACUUUCAUAUUUAAUAGUGCUUGAUAGAGUCUUAAGCUAAUGAAGUGUAAGCAAACAUAAACAUUAUGGAUCAUUAUCAGAGACAUUAUGAUAUCAGUCUUCUAACAGUUUUCAUUCACAUUGUGUUCAUAAAGUGAAACAGACUUGAAAAAAAAAACAUCAAUUCCAUUUUAUAUUCAGUAAAGUUUAAGCUUUGAUACAGAACCAUUCACAUAGACUAUACUAUCCUCAGAAUUUUGGGUUUGAUCAACAUUUAAUAAACGUAAAAGUAAAUGCAGCUCAGCCUCAUGAAAACCACAUAAAGACACAAAUAAACUGAAUAGGAUUUUAUGCUCCAAAUAUGAAACAUUUCGGUGCUCUGAUAUUUUUAAAGGUUUGGGGCAGAACAAUGUAUUGUAUCAAAUAUUUUACAAUGUCGAAUAUUUAAGUAUGUUUAUUAUUUACAUAUGUCUACUCAACAUAAAUUCUUAUUGAUAUACUGUAUAUCUUCUGUUUGCUUGCCUUACACCAGCCACUUUAGGCUAUGGUGAAUUGUGUAGCUGUGCACUGAAAUGUAACUAUAUAGAACUCAUAAUACAAAUAAAAUGGUCUGCAUUAGUUGUCAAAUAAAUGUUGUUUCUCAAGUUUGUGCUAUUUAGAAACGUAUUGCCACUUACAUAUUAAAAAUGCUGUUUGUAUUGUUAUGUGAUAUCAACUAUAUUUAAGUGCACUCAUUCAAUUAAUUCCUCAUUAAAAAAAGUUUAAUUUUGUCAUUACCACAUUAAAAUGAAGACUCCAGUCAUAUCAUUAACCAUAUAAAUGCUGUUUUAUUAUAGAGACAUGGGGGCUGCCAUUUUAGAAUCACAUGAUCAUCUGAAUACUUAAUCUCAGCAACCGUC